AAUAAAGACGCAUACCUGGCCACCAUAGAAACAAAUAACGAAAACCGAUUUUUGAUGCAUUUUGCAAGGAAGCUGUUUAGACCUGAUACGGACUACCGGAACACGACUAUAUUUUGGCUUGGAGCGAGCGAUGCGGACAUAGAAGGUAUUUGGAAAUGGGUGGCGACCGACCAGCAGCUCAAUUUUCAAGAUUGGGACGUACAAAAUAACCAACCGACAAAUUUGCACGAUAACCAUGAGGAUUGCUUGGCUCUUAGCGGCGCUUUUGAUUUCAAAUGGCAUGACGGCGAAUGUGACCUUGACACCGGAUACGCACUCUGCGAAAAACAAGGAGCCCUCGGAUCCACUGGUGCUGGUAUAUCAGCAAUUGGGUAGAAGAUCUGGGAUCCGUCAAUGCAUCUUUAGAAUGUUUUAACAUCAGCAAUAAAUCAACUGCAAAAUAAAA